GGCUUGGCGGGGUGGCGUCGGGGUACGCUCUGGGCCGGCUGCCGAUGCUAGGCUUUCCCCCGGUCGCUUCGGCGAGGCUUUCUCUUGUAGCACGGCCAAGCUGGUCGGCCUGGCGCCUACAGCGUCCCCGGCCGGCAAUCCCGACUCGAACUUCCCUGCUUUCCAGGCUGGGGCUUCACUGCCGCUGACACACGGUCACCACCAGGUCUUAGGGGGAAGCCUGCGCGGCUGCGGCUGAGAGGUUUACCCCUCUAGUCGGUCUCCUUCCUUCCUUCCGAAUUUUACCCGUGCCCCAGGGGCCCGGUCCUCACCGCUUAGUGCAAGCCUUUCCUGUUUCGCCUGCCCGUUGGGAUUUCUUCCGGUACAGCUCUCCCUCUUCGAGCGCUUUGUUUUGGUUGUUAUCUAAACACAUCAGUCUUAUUUCUAAUGGCCAAAUUGUGAGGCCUUAGGAGGUUCUGGACCUGGGUCCCUCCUUUUUUUAUAUACUAUUCAGGGUUCAUUCGGUGCCUUGAGUUAGAAUUUAUGCUCCUAAGUACUUGCUGAUUGCUUCUUACUAUGACUCAUUGAUGCAGGAAAAACGGAUGUGGGGCGUGAGGAGUGCCGUGUCCCAGGCUUCUGGUGAGCCCCUGGGACGUGCCCUUUCAAGUGUGGGUCCUUGAUUUCGCACAGGAAAGAAUUAAAGAGCGAGCCACAGUUGAGUAAAGGUAGAUUUAUUCAUAGAGCUACAUUGAAAGGCAAGAGAAAGGCCACGAGGUGUGGGGGUUGGGUGCUCAGAUUAAAAGUAGGUACAUGCUCCAUAGACAAGAGUGUGGGCCAUCUCAGAAGAGGGAGACAGAGUGGUCGGCCCUGAGGCACCGUGUUGCCAGUUUUUAUGUCUUCAGGGGCUUCAUACGCUAAUAAGUGAAAGGACCAAUCUAACUAGUCUGGGGAAGGGGCUGGGAUUCCCAGGAAGUUGGCCAUUUCCCACUCUGACUUUUUGUGGCUAGCUUUGGACUGCCAUGGUGCCUGUGGGCAUGUUAUUCACCAUGUUAAUAUAUUACAAUGAGUGUAUAAUAAAGCUAAAGAUCUUCUAGAAGUCAAAUCUCCCACCAUGUUGAGCCUCAGUGCCUACUGGGGGUUGAAUCUUUCACCAUUUUGAUGUUAAUUGCUGUAGCAUUCGUUGAACGGCUGUGCCCUGCCCUCUUCCUGUCUCAUCAUGAUGAAAGGAAGUUUUGGAAUCCUUGAGGUUGUUCCUUUCUAGGUCUUUUCGUAGAAUUCGUCCUUUGAGCAUCUCACCCCCAGAAGCAAGGAUACGAUAAGCCAGCACAUGUUGAGUUCCAGCGGUGUUAUACUAAGCAUUUUGAUAUCCAUUAUCUGGCUUAACCAAUAAAUCAAUUCAGUGAGUCAGGCAUGAUUAUUCCCAUGCUGCGUGGAAAACCUGGGCUUAAGUAACUUGCCUAAGGUCACAUAGCUAGUAAAAGUUGGAGCUUUCUAUCAAAUGUGUUGAAUCCUUCGCCCAUUGCUGUGAUAUCAGUAUCCUAUUUUACAUUUAAGGAAACAGAGUCAGAGAAGCUAGGUGAUCUGUCCAAAAGUAAAGUAGUAAGUUACAGAUUUACUUAAACAUUAAAAGAGCAUGUAGUAGGUACACGCUGGACCUGAAGUUAGAACUGAACAGAGUACAGGCCAAGAUUUCUAGAAGCUUACAGCUUAUUGGAGGAAACUGACAAAAUAGCUACUCAAUAAAACAUGCUUUGGGUAUUUUGUAUACAGAUACAAUGUCUGUGGGGAUGAGAGAAUCAGACAAGAAGAGUGUCGACUGAAAGUACAAAGCCUAAAAGUUGAGAUGUUUUAUUCAGUUGACAUUUCUGAGGACUCAAACUCCUUCGAGCCCAGGAUGGUAGCCUCCCAGAUGGCUCUGAGGGACUACUCUGAAGAGGUAGGGGAGGAGCCAGGAUAUAUAGGAGUUUUGCAACAAAGACCAGGUAGUCGGAACGUUAGAAGAUUACUUGUUAACUGAAGAAAAUCAGACACCUCAAGUUUAAGAAUUUAGCGCUUUUCUAUCUAUGGGAGGGAGCAAACAUUUGGGCUCACUGAAAUCAUUUCUUUGACAAGCACCUAGCUGUCACAUUCUGAGUCCCCUCAGGCUGCAAGAGACCGGGCUGCCUGUUUGUCUUCACUGUAGGGGGUAGCAGCAGCGACUGAUGACUUGAUGGCUUCAGCAUUCUUUGUUUACUGAUAUGGUUUGUAGUAUUCAUUCACAAGAGGUAAGAUGGGAAGAUGUUGGCAGAGAAUGGAGCCAAACUCCCUGGCUCUCAAUUCUGUCUGCAUCACUUCCUAGCUUUGUGAUCUGGGUAAAUUCCUUAACCUACCUGGGCCGUUUCCUCAUCUGUGAAGUGGGGUAAUAAUGGUGCCUACUUCAAUAGGGUGGUUGUAUCAAUGAAUUUUUAUACAUAUAAGACACUUAGAACAGUGCUUGGCAUGUAGUAGAUACUAAAUAGCUAUUAUAUUCUAGACUGAGCAAACUCAUUUGAGACAGGAAACUUGAACCCAGGUCUUCUGAGAACCCUCAUUUGCAUUCUUUGCUUAUAGAAAGAGGAGUGGGGACCAGAAAGUUACUUUGUCCUACAGCUCCCCAGGGUAGAAACAAGCAGGGCACAGGGAAAGAAAGUAAAGAAAGCUGGGGGAACAGUGAAAGAGGGAUUCAGGGAGCUUUGCCUUAGUUUCAAGUCAUUCUGUAUAUCUAGAGAGCCUGUCUCUUGGGCCUUAUCCACCAGUCUGACAAUAGCUAUGUGUUUAGAAUAUUUAUGCUUAGCCUUGUGCUGGACACAGUACAGGGACAUGGGCAUGAUGUGGUAUAUACUCAGAAGCAGCUAAUGUCCAGUUGGGUAAAUGAGAAUAGAACACAAAACAACCAUGAGUGACCAUGGGCAGCAUAAAAAAAAGGUUGAGGUUUUCUGGUUUCAUCUAUGCUGGCCAUCAGACCAAGAAGCAGGAGUCAUCUGAGGGGCUGGAUAGUUUAGGAAGGCUUCUUGGAAUGUAGUCAUAUCCUCACAUUUAUUGAGUGUCUUGAGGGUACGAAGCUCUGUGCUCAUGCUGGGAAUGAGAAGUGAAGAGAUGGUCCCUGCCCUGAGACGCUCCUAGUCUAGAGGAGACACAUUCCAUUCCAUUUAACAGGAUGCUGGGAUGAAGGUGUGUGUAGAGUGCUGUGGGUACAGGGGGUAGGGUAUUUCACCUGUACCUGGGUGAGUUGGGAAAGGGCUCACCGAGGAGGGGACAUUUGGGCUUGAAACAUGAGUAGAAGUUGCUUAGGCAGAGAGUUUUAGGAGAAUGUAAUGUGUUUAGGAACAAAAAUAAUUGAAUGAGAGAAGAAGAGGGAAUUAAUAGACAGGUGUCGGGGGAAGAGCACGAUCUUUGGAUUAGAAUCAAGGCACCAAAUGAAGGGAAGUUUGGAAGAGGGCUCUCUGCAGGGCUGACACAUGGUAGGCCCUCAUAUGAGUUAGUUUCCUUACCCAGCUCCUGGCGAGGUAAGUUUAGGCCAGUUGAAGAAGAGCACUGCAUGCCAUGCUCAAUGGACUUGAUUCUGUAGGUAGCAGAGGAGGUUUGGGCUGUUAUGUCUGACUUUAGACGACUUUCCCUACCUUUUCUUCCCCCAGAUUAUGAAAGUAGUCCACAUUUUCUCCUAAUAGGGCUUCAGUAUUAUUCUGUGAGCAGCCCAGCAACCCCAGGUACACACACACCCCAGAAUGCCAGGGGUGACUGGCUGCUUCUCAGAGGAGCAGCAAGGCUGUGGAUUAAGAGGGGGUUUCUUUGGUAAGCACUUAGGUAUAGUAGGUUCUUAUACUUACAGACGUGAAGGAUUUUAUGCAUUUUGUAUUUUCUGGGUUUUUCCUUCUCAGUAUGUAGUUAAGUUCUUUUUCAGAGUUCCCACCUAUUUCAUAUAGACCAGAGGGAACACUCCCUUCCUGGGUACCACAGUGUGGGCAGCAAGAAUCAGUGAGAAUCCUCAAGCAGGAGACAAUAGUCAGGGGACAGAGUCAGGGCCUAUUAAUGUUCUUUCUCCCCCCAGAGAUUUUGCUUGCAGUGUCAUCUGUCAUUCUGUUUUGUUUUAAUGAGGAAAACUAUUCUUUUAUUGUUCCUAAAACUCUGCUCCCAGAACUACCCCCAUCACAACUAGGGUGCUAAGUUAAAAGGGCAGAUUUCUAGCUUUAACCCCAUCCUUCCAAAAUCUGAACCUCUAGGGGAGUGCCUGGAAAACUGCAUUUGUGUGCAUAUUAAAGAUUGCGAACUUUUAGUUUUUCAUUCAGCUUUUUCAACAAAUAUUUAUUACAUGCCUAAGCAUGCCUAGUAUACACCCAGUAUAUAACUGGACAGAUAACUGCCUCUUAUGUCAAAUGGAAUUUACAUUUUAGUUCAGAGGAUGUUAGGGCAAUGGUGGAGUAGACCACUGGAUAGAUUAGGCAAAAGGAGUUUGUAUGACAUUUUGAAAGUCUAGUGGGGAAUUUAUGACCUGAUACAUUAAGAAAUAAGGAGCUUCUAGGCUCAUCUGUGUGGAUUAGAAAGAAUAUGGACUUUGGAGUCAGUGUGACCUAUGUGUGGUCUUGAGCAAACCAGUUAACCUCUCCAAGCCUUAGGGCCUUACCUACAAAUGAAGUUAAAAAUAGUACCUAACUCAGUGGGUGGUGUUGGUAAUUAAAUGACACAAUGUAAAUAAAGUGCUUAGUAAGAUGCUUGGUGUACAGGAAGUGUGAAAUUAAAAGCAAAAGAGUUUGUUAUCCCUAUUUCAAAGGUGAAGUUGUUCAGGAGUAGAAGGGUUAAGUUACUUGGCCAGGGUCAUGCAGCUAAGUGGGUGGUGGACAGAGGAGUCUGGAUUUGAACUCCAGUCAUUCUCCAAAGCCAUCUCUUUGAACUUGAGCAUUGUUCUGCCUCCUGUAGGAAUAAUUUCUUCUUGGCAGGUUGCUCUGAAGCUUCUUGAAAAAAUGUCUGUUAAAGUUCUUAGCUCAGAGCCUGGCACACAUUCAAUAAUGUUAAUUUGUGUUCUCCUUUCCCAGGGACAACAGACAGCUUCCAGAGGUUUGAGGAACCAGUACUCCAUCCUCAUUGAAAAGGCAUGAGGUUUCUCACAGGUCACUGGGAAAACGCCUCCUGAUUCUAGGCAGGCUGCCUGCCCAGCUGUUGACCCCCAGCAACACUUGGGUGGAAUCGUUGCAGCUGCUGAUUUCUUUCUACUCCUCUAGGGUGAAGGCCAUGCCGCCUCCUGGGAAAGUUCCCCGAAAGGAGAACCUGGGGCUACAGUGUGAGUGGGGGUCCUGUUCUUUUGUGUGCUCGGCCAUGGAGGAGUUCUGCGAACACGUUACUCAGCACCUGCAGCAGCACCUGCAGGGCUCUGGGGAGGAGGAGGAGGAGGACCCGCUCGAGGAAGAAUUCUCCUGUUUGUGGCAGGAGUGUGGCUUUUGUUCUCUGGACAGUUCUGAUCUCGUCCGCCACGUCUACUUCCACUGCUACCACACCAAGCUGAAGCAAUGGGGGCUGCAGGCCCUGCAGAGCCAGGCUGAUCUCAGCCCCUGCAUCCUGGACUUAAAGAGCCGCAACCUCAUCCCUGACAUCCCUGAGCACUUCCUGUGUCUGUGGGAGCACUGUGAGAGCUCCUUCGACAAUCCCGAGUGGUUCUAUCGGCACGUGGAAGCACACAGCCUGUGCUGUGAAUACCAGGCAGUCGGCAAGGACAACCACGUGGUGCUGUGUGGCUGGAAAGACUGUACCUGCACCUUCAAGGACCGCUUUAAGCUUCGAGAGCACCUCCGCAGUCACACCCAGGAGAAGGUGGUGGCCUGCCCCACCUGUGGGGGCAUGUUUGCCAACAACACCAAGUUCUUAGAUCACAUCCGUCGCCAGACCUCAUUGGAUCAGCAACACUUCCAGUGCUCUCACUGCUCCAAGAGAUUUGCCACAGAGCGGCUGCUGCGGGACCACAUGCGUAACCACGUGAAUCACUAUAAGUGCCCUCUGUGCGACAUGACCUGCCCGCUGCCAUCCUCCCUCCGAAACCACAUGCGCUUUCGCCAUAGUGAGGACCGGCCCUUUAAAUGUGACUGUUGUGACUACAGCUGCAAGAAUCUAAUCGACCUCCGGAAGCACCUGGAUACCCAUAGCAAGGAGCCAGCCUACAGGUGUGAUUUUGAGAACUGCACCUUCAGUGCCCGCUCGCUCUGCUCUAUCAAGUCCCAUUACCGAAAAGUGCAUGAAGGAGAUUCAGAGCCAAGGUACAGAUGCCACGUGUGUGACAAAUGCUUCACAAGGGGCAACAGCCUCACUGUACACCUUCGCAAGAAGCACCAGUUCAAGUGGCCUUCAGGACACCCCCGUUUUCGGUACAAGGAGCAUGAAGACGGUUACAUGCGGCUGCAGCUGGUUCGCUAUGAGAGUGUAGAGCUGACCCAACAGCUACUGGGGCAGCCACAGGAGGGAUCGGGCCUGGGAGCAUCCCUGAAUGAGAGCAGCCUGCAGGGGAUCAUUCUGGAAACAGUGCUGGGGGAGCCAGGACCUCAGGAAGAGGUGGAAGAGGCUGAAGAGGAAGAGGAAGGCGGGGGCAAUGAGCGGGCAUCCCUGGCAGCCUCUCAGGACACUCCCAGCCCUGUCAUCCACAUGGUGAAUCAGACCAACACCCAAGGCGAACGAGGGAUUGUCUACUAUGUGCUGUCUGAAGCCCCGGGUGAGCCACCCCCCAGCCUCUGAGUCCCCCUCAGGGGGUGUCAUGGAAAAGCUUCAGGGACUAGCUGAGGAGCCGGAAGUCCAGGUGAUGUAAUGAUGUAAAGGCUGCAGCGCCUGACCAUUGCUACCCCCCAGGCGCGGGGUUUGAGCCCGGCUGGUGGCAGUACCCCUAGUGGGUCCAACAGAUGCCUUAGGAGUGGUGCCGAGAGCAGUGUGGUCCACUCUGGACCCAGCUGGCAUCAUUUGGCAGACUGACGUCUUCCCAUUUCUGCCACACCACGAUUUGUGGGGAUCCUGAGGAGUUUGGAUUCUUUGAGGGGGGUACCCUAGUUGUGUGUGUUCUUGUAAUGGGGUAGUGUCAGGCUUAACCAUAACCCCCUAGAUGUGCGGGAACAGUGGUUAAAGUCCUUCAGCAGCUUGAAUCCACUCCCAUCUUUAGGGGACCCUAGGUCCAGGGAUGACAUGUAACUGGUCCUUGCAAGGGCCCUUUCUUCACAACCAUCCGAGGCGUCAUCAACCAGGCAGUCGUUUCCGUCUAAAUGGUUCUUCCUACAACCCCAAGAACUUACAUGGUUAUCCUCAGGGAUGGCAUUGGAGGCACUGAGCGUGUGCGUAACAUUUGUUUUUGGUAAUAAAAGAAACACUUGGGCUGUUA